UUUGGGUUUGCCAGGCAAAAGAAAUGGUUAAAAGUUUUUUCUUUGGCACUAACUUGUAUGUUAGCUUACUACUGAGCCGUGUGGGUGGAUCAGAGUGCAGCUGGAGAGAGGCAAACAUCAACAGCAAGAGAGACUGUGGAAAAUUUUCUUCCAUUUAUCAACAAGUAUGAAGUAUGGAGUUAACAUUUAAGUUGUAAGGGUUUCAUUGUAGGGAGGCAGAGAAUGGUUUCUCUGUUUUACUGUGGGAAAUCCUCUGAAGACUCAGUGAGGGAAUGCUAGAAAGCUGGUAGCCUUGUGGCAGGAGAUUUUAGCAGUAUGUGAUUGACGUGUCUUUUUGAGAGUUUUACAUGUUUGUUUUUCUUGUUUGCUUGUUGGUAAAAAUUAAAAUCUUCUGGUAUUUCCCAGUCCUGGUAAGCGUGUGCACGUUUGAAAUGUGUUGUUGUCAAGUUGCAUUGAAAAGGAAUAAAUCACAAUCCUUUGCACUAAGAAAUAAAUAAAAUUUAUUUGAAAGGAGGAUAUUUCAAUAUAUCUGCUCUCAAUGAGGUCACAAAGUACACUGAGCAGCCACCACUCCCGAUGGCUGUUUACUGCAGGAGUGCUCUGGUCAGAUUUCAGCUUGACUGCAGAGCUCAAAAAGGAGGAAAUAUUUGCAUACUUGGUCACUGAUUAACAGACGAAAGAGAAAGCAUGUGUUCUUUUCCUGUAGUGGCCAAGGAAAUGCAUCAUUCCCCCUACCAUUAUUUGAGCUGUUCAGUAUGUCUUUGGAGAUGCCUUUUAGCACCUUGCCUUGCUUCUCAGAAACCCUGGCUGAGCUGCUUUCCAGUUGAACCUGUGGUGAUUCUGUGUGAAAUAAUUCUGAAAACUAGAGCAUCAGUAACCAACGUGACUACAGUGAACUUAAUUCUACUUGUGCACAUUAUUUCAUAUGGAUGUUUCACUACAAAGCCUUAGGGCAUGACUUCUUGGUAGUGCCACUGUGACAAACAGGUGUUGUUUGUUUGUUGCAUGUUUGUUCAGUAUUUUGCAGUGUGAAUCUAAUUAUCAGCAUACACACACCUUAUUCCUGUAAGACCCCAGAACUUGCUGAAAAGACUGGCCAGAAUCUACACUCCUCAGAUUUUUCUACAGACCAGCAUACCUUUUUCUCUAAUGGGAAGACCCAAAGCUAUAGUUUGUGCUGAACAUGAAUUCAGUUAAGUAGUUGUAGCUGUUGUAUUUUGGAGCAGGGUUAUGGGGCACAGCUAGAAGGUGGGAGGCAGUGUGCACUGUCCAUGCAGCCCCCAAAGGCAUCACAGAGGUACCACUGGAACCAUGUUACUGUCAGAGCAUCACUGCCAGGUGACAUGUCAUUAAACAUGGCAGAUCCCUCACUAAGGGAAAUAUAGCAUUGAUUACAGUUUCUGAAAUUCAAACAUCAAGCACAGUAUAUUUUGUUGAUCAAGUUGGAAGUGAUAGGUAAAUAAGCAAAAAAUCCAGUAAAACAUUAUGUGCCCCACUUGACAAUGCAAGGGGUAAAGAAGGUAGAUACUGGCAAUUGUUGCUUACAUGGAACAAAAUUAUUUAUCAAAUGUUUAUUUUACCAUUACAUCUAGUUCUGUGUCAGAUUUAAUGUUUUGAUGCCUGUUCUUUUUUUGUUUUGUUCAGGUUUUUUCUCCUAAAAGAAUAGUGAGAAUACAUAAAACAAGCAUGCUGCCUUUUCAAAAGAAAUAAUACUCAAAAAUCUUUGGGAUUUAAGAUUCACGUCCACCACAAACACAGUCUCAGACACCAGUCAAAAUUAUUCAUAAUACUAAAAGGUCUGGCUAGCAAGCCUGGCUAAGCCAGUUAGAAAUGGUACCUAUAGCUGCCUUUUGGGGAGAAAAAAAGGACUAGGGAAAAGCCAUUAAAGUUUUUUCAAGUUACUUGAGUCAUGAGUUUGACCUGAAUCUGCGAACCAGUGAAGAAAUGAAAGGACAGAACAUACCCGCUGUCAUGAUCUGCUUAUUUCACAUCAGUGCUACACUUUGGGGUUUUACGGAACAGGAAGAAGUAACAGGGCUGUUUUCUGAGGAUUGCAUCCUCCCUUGUCGUUUCCCACCUGGGCAAGAUGAAGUAAUUCACUGGAGCAAAGAGAACAGAAAUGUGCACAGUUACUACCAGCAGAAGGAUCAUCUGGAAGAGCAAGAUCCACAUUACAGACUCAGAACACACCUUUUCCAUGAGAACAUUCCUAGUGGAAAUGCCUCCUUGAAAAUUAGUAACCUGACCAUGACUGAUGAGGGCUCUUACACCUGCUACGUGGGAACAGCACAAUAUCGAACGGAAGUGGAAGUGCAGCUACGUGUAAAAGCUCCUUCUUCUUAUGCACUGGAAUACCAGAAGACAAACACAGAAAGGAGACUGAAGUGCUAUGCUUUUCUCACUUAUCCAGCACCAACUAUAUCUUGGGUACAGGGCAGUAUAUCCAUCCAAGAGACAGAUCGGGAGGAAACUAGGAAUGGAGCUCUCUAUUCUCUUAGAAGUGACAAGGACAUUAUAAAUGUGACAGAUACUUACUACUGUCGUAUUCAUUUGGAUCAUGAAGUGUGGGCCGCUGAAUGGAAGAUGCAAGACCACCUGACUAAGACGGAAGGAGAGAGCACCAUAAUUCCUUGUGAACACGGCCAUGACCCUGCAAGCACUGGUGGUUUCAGUGUUGUCUGGAGAUUAGACAGAAAUGGAGUGACCUCAGUCCUGGCCUCCUUCAAUGGCACAUUUCACUCUUACCAGCCUCAAGUCCAGAUUAACAAAAAUGACUUUUCACUGAGGCUGGAUCAUCUUACUGCAGAUGACAGUGGAGAAUAUCUGUGUAAUGUUUCAACACCUCUCUACACAAAACUUGCUGUGACAACUUUGCAUGUCGCUGUUUUCCAGACAUCCAUAGGAAGUUUCCAGAGGAGUGUAGAAUUUUUCAAAUUCUUUGGACAAGACACAACAGGGGAAAGACAACCUGAGAAAAUUCAGGUAACACUGGGAAAAGUGUGUGGGCAGUACUUGUUGCAGUGGCAAUAGCAGUGGCAAUAGCAGCGGUACUUUGCUAUCUCAAG